CAUGUCGGGGAGCUGUGACCCCAGCACUGGCCAGAGAUCCCGGAGUCCUCACUCCUGGUCUGGGGACCGAACCUGCCGAACUGGGCCGCCCCCUCUCCCAUACGCACUCCUUGCACCUGGAGCCCGACCUAUCGGCUCGCGUCUCCGCCUCCUUGGCUUCACAAUCUCGCUGCUUGUCCCACCCUACCUGGACCCAGUAUUGGCUGCGAACGCGACUGCACCAUCCUUCUUGCUCGGCUCCGGAAGGCGCCCCGGAAGCCAUGGAGGUGCUGGUCCUGGCCGGAUACAGCGCGCAGAAAAAGGACGAGCUGAGCGUGGCGCACGGGGACGUGGUCCGGCAGGUGUGCAAUGGGCCCGCACGGGGCUGGCUGCGUGGAGAGCUGGGGGGCCGUUGUGGCCUCUUCCCCGAGUGCCUGGUGCAGGAGAUCCCUGAGACUCUCCGCGGCUCGGGGGAGGCGCCGAAACCGCGUUGUGCGCGCCGCCGAGGUGAGAGCCAGGGCGAUGGGCGAGUGCGCGCAGCCCCCCCACCCCCACACCAGGUCUUUCCAGCUCGCCGAGACGGGCGCGGCUCUGGGCGGGACUGCGUGGCCUCUGUGCGUCCCGUGAUUGGUUCUCGAGUACAAUGCUCCGCCCUGGGGCGGGGCCUGGAGGUCACCCAGGUCGAAUCUCCGGGCCGCCAAAGAUGGUGCAAAGUGAACUUCAGCUACAGCCCGGAGCAGGCUGACAAGCUGAAGCUGCAAGCUGGGGAGAUUGUGGAAGUGAUAAAGGAGAUUGAGGACGGCUGGUGGCUGGGGAAGAAGAACGGGCAGCUGGGAGCCCUCCCAUCCAACUUUGUGGAGUUGCUGGACAGUGGGCCCCCAAGCCUUGGUAACCCAGACAUGCCUUCAAUCAGCCUUGGUCCCCAGCGGGCUCCCAAGCUGAGCAGCCUGACCUAUGACAGCCCUCCAGACUACCUGCGGACAGUCUCCCACCCUGAGACCUACAGGGUCCUGUUUGACUACCAUCCCGAGGCUCCAGAUGAGUUGGCGCUGCGGAGGGGGGACGAGGUGAAAGUACUGAGGAAGACCACAGAGGAUAAGGGCUGGUGGGAAGGAGAGUCUCAAGGCAGAAGAGGACUUUUCCCAGAUAACUUUGUGCUCCCACCACCCCCGAUCAAGAAGCUGGUCCCACGGAAAGUGGUAUCCCGGGAACCAGCUCCUAUUAAGGAACCCAAGAAGAUGAUGCCCAGAACAGCCCUCCCUACGGUCCAGAAGCUGGUGACAGCCCCGACUGGGCCAAGCGAAGCCAAGCCAUCUUGGACACCCAGUGGAGACAGUCAGAAGCGCCCUUCCCGAAACUGCAGCUCCAGCAGCAGUUUCCUCAGUGGGUGUCCAGGCCAGAGUGGCAGAAAGCGAGCCCAAACCCAGGCUUCACAGCAACACUCUGCAGCCGGUCAGGGCGAAGAGCAGAGCAGCCUUACAAAGGCCCCUCGUGUGAAUAAAACCCCCACUCUGGACAAGACCCCCAGCCUAGAGAAGACCCCAUCUCCGGAUAAGGCCGGCAGCCCAGAGAAGACCUCAUCUCUGGACAAUGCCCGCAGCCCGGAGAAGACCUUGUCUCCAGAUAAGGCCCCCACUCCAGAGGAAUGCCUAACUUCAGAUAAGGUCCCUAUCCUAGAGGAGACCUCAACGCUGGAGGACAAAGCCCCCAGACCAGACAGGGUCUUUUCUGUGCAUGAGGUCCCGGUCCCAGAAGUCCCACCUGGUCCAAAGAUGGCUCCUCCUGGGGACGAGGCCCACACCCUAGGAAAGGUCUUGAGCACCAAACAGGUGCUCUCUGAAGAGGCCUCCACCCGAGACAACACUCAGUUCCAUCACUUCUCUCCGGAGGAAGCCCUGCUAAACGCCAGGUCUCUUGGGGCCAGUGGGGCUCAAUCCCAAGAGGAGGUUCACAUGCCAGAGGAGCAUCCCCUCUGCACGGUGAAACGUCCCCUGGAUAAGAGGGACAGCUCCCCUCUCCAGUCCGAGUCCGCGUCCAAGUCAGGGUCUACGCCUGCCCUUGAGAAGGCCCACCUCCGGGAAGAGGCUACCACUCUCCUGGAGGAGGCACCAGCGAAGGAUGAGGUUACCCCCAAAGAGGAGGUGUCCCCCGAAGAGGUAUCCCCUGCUCAGAAGAAUCCACAUCCUAUCGUGCUGACUCCAGAGCCCCAAAUGACUCCCACCCUCCACCCCUCGGCCCCGCAAAAUCUCACAGAUAGCAAAAGUGACAGAGACGACAUGAUGAGGAUAAAGGACGAGGUGGAGGCUUUAAGGAGGUCGCUGGAGCUGACGGGGGUGCAGCUGGAAAAGAAGCUGACUGACAUCUGGGAGGAGCUGAAGAGCGAGAGAGAGAAGCGCGUGUUGCUGGAGGUUCAGAUGACACGGAGGACCCAGGAGUCCCGGAACCUGGGCUCCAUCCACGCGCAGACGCAGACGCACUGAGGGUGGGCCCGGGAGGGACUACGGCGGGACCUGGAGCGAAGUCGGGCUCCGGCCACCCACGUCCUUGCACACGAUUUUGGGAAACGCAAGAAAGUAAACUCUGCCGUGUACGCGCGCCACGCCUCCCUGGUCCCUGCAGGGCGGGGUCUGCGCGGCGGGGCGGGGCUGGCGUUCUGCGCUCCCGUCCCUCCGCUUUCCUGGCAGCCGCUCCUGGGCACAUCUGGCCAACAUGUGGCUUCCAUUACCGUUC